ACCCUCUCAGGGGGUGUCGCAAAAGUGUCGUCCAGCCCAAGUCCGCUCGGCUCCUGGCUGGCUUUGGGUCGUCUCCUCUUCUGGGUCGGCAACUGCGGUGUCGGUCGGCCGCAAAAUGGAGGAUGUCGAGCUCUGGGAGGCGGACCAGCCUGGAGACCGGACUGGCGUUCCCGGGAGCGGGUCUUCGCCGAGUGCUCAAGAACUUGCCGCGUGGUGGCAUCAGCAAGUUGAUUUUCAUUCUACCUUCUUAUACUAUUUGGCACAAACUGUACCAGACAUUUACUUUGAUGAAAUAGACCCAGAAUUGGAAAAACAGGAGGAAGCUGCUCAGAUGAUGAUAUUAACUCCACUGGAAUGGUUCUUAUUUAAAGAAGAUCCAGUUAUUUCCUUAGAGAAAUUGAAACAAAGUGGAGCAUUUCAGCUUUGUGGGAAGGUUUUCAAAAGUGGGGAGACAACAUACUCUUGUAGGGACUGUGCAAUUGAUCCAACAUGUGUCCUCUGCAUGAACUGUUUCCAGAACAGUGUUCACAAAAAUCAUCGUUAUAAGAUGCAUACUUCUACUGGAGGAGGAUUUUGUGAUUGUGGAGACACAGAGGCAUGGAAAACUGGCCCAUUUUGUACAAACCAUGAACCUAGAACAGUAAGGUCUAAUGAGAAUCCAGGUUGUUCAUUGAGUGAAGAGGUAAUUGGCCAAGCCAAGAAGAUAUUCCCUUCAGUGAUAAAAUACAUGGUAGACAUGACUGUUUGGGAAGAGGAAAAAGACCUGCCUACUAAACUCCAGCUUAGGGAGAAAACUGAGAGAUACUACUGUGUCCUGUUCAACGAUGAGCACCAUUCUUAUGACCAUGUUAUAUAUAGUCUGCAGAAAGCUCUUAAAUGUGAACUUGCAGAAGCUCAAUUGCAUACCACUGCCAUAGACAAAGAGGGUCGUCGGGCUGUUAAACUAGGAUCUUGUGUUCAUUGUCGAGAAGCAAAGGAAAGUAUCAAGUUUCAUUCAGAAAAUGUUUCUCAGCAUCCACUUCAUGUAGAAGUUCUACAUGCUGAUGUUAUGGCUCAUCAGAAAUUUGCUUUGCGUCUUGGCACCUGGUUGAACAAACUUAUGAGCUACUCAAGUGAUUUUCGACAGAUCUUCUGCCAGGCCUGCCUCCAGGAAGAUGUCCCUGAUGAUCCCUGCCACAUAAGCAGGUUAAUGCUUUGGGAUGCAAAGCUUUAUAAAGGUGCACGUAAGAUACUUCACGAAUUGAUCUUCAGUAGUUUUUUCAUGGAAAUAGAAUAUAAAAAACUGUUUGCCAUGGAAUUUGUGAAGUUUUAUAAACCACUACAGAAAGACUACAUCAGUGAUGAUCAUGAUAGAAGUCUCUCUGUGACUGCAUUAUCAGUUCAGAUGUUUACUGUUCCUACUCUGGCUCGUCAUCUCAUUGAAGAGCAGAAUGUUAUCUCUGUCAUUACUGAAACACUGCUAGAAGUUUUACCAGAAUACUUGGACAAGAACAACAAAUUCAACUUCCAGGGUUACAGCCAGGACAAAUUGGGAAGGGUAUAUGCGGUUAUAUGUGACCUCAAGUAUGUCCUUAUCAGUAAGCCUGCACUAUGGUCAGAGAAGUUAAAAGUACAAUUUCUUGAAGGUUUUCGAUCUUUCUUGAAGAUUCUUGCAUGUAUGCAGGGAAUGGAAGAGAUCAAAAGGCAAGUAGGGCAGCAUAUUGAAGUGGAGCCAGACUGGGAGGCUGCUAUUGCUAUUCAGAUGCAGUUGAAAAACAUUCUUUUAAUGUUCCAAGAAUGGUGCGCUUCUGAUGAAGAGCUCUUAUUAGUGGCUUAUAAAGAUUGUCAUGAAGCUGUGAUGAAAUGUACUUUAAGUAACAUUUCUCAUGAAAAGUCUGUCAUUUACUUGUAUGGCCACACCUUGGAAUGCAAGCCCCACAAAGUGUCUGUAGAUCCUGUCAGCAUACAUUUGCCACUCUCCAGGACGCUUGCUGGUCUUCAUGUACGUUUAAGUAAGAUCGGCGCCUUUUCAAGACUGCAUGAAUUCGUGCCUUCAGAAGAUUUUCAAGUAGAGUUGCUGGUGGAAUAUCCCUUGCGUUGUCUAGUUUUGGUUGCCCAAGUUGGGGCUGAUAUGUGGCGAAGAAAUGGUCUUUCUUUAAUUAGCCAGGUAUUUUAUUAUCAAGAUGUUAAAUGCAGAGAGGAAAUGUAUGACAAAGAUAUCAUCAUGCUUCAGAUUGGUGCAUCUUUGAUGGAUCCCAACACUUUCUUGUUAUUGAUACUUCAGAGAUAUGAACUGAUUGAGGCAUUUAAGAAACUUGUCCCCAGCAAGGACCAGGAUAUGGUUAAACAAUAUAAUGCACUAAUAGAAGAAAUGCUUCAGCUCAUCAUCUACAUUGUGGGAGAGCGUUAUGUGCCUGGAGUGGGUAAUGUGAACAAAGAAGAGGUUAUCAUGAGGGAAAUUAUCCACUUACUUUGCAUUGAGCCCAUGCCUCAUAGUAUCAUUGCCAAAUCAUUACCAGAGAAUGAAAACAAUGAAACUGGCUUAGAGAAAGUCAUCAACAAAGUGGCCAUAUUUAAGAAACCUGGCGUAUCAGGUCAUGGAGUUUAUGAGCUGAGGGAGGAAUGCAUGAAAGAAUUCAAUAUGUUCUUUUAUCACUACUCCAAAACACAACACAGCAAGGCUGAACAUAUGCAGAAGAAAAGGAAAAAACAAGAAAACAAGGAUGAAGCGCUACCACCACCACCACCUCCUGAAUUCUGCCCUGCUUUCAGCAAGGUGGUUAACAUUCUCAAGUGUGAUAUCAUGAUAUACCUCCUUACAACCAUACUGCGGAGAGCAGUGGAACUGGAUAGUCACUUAUGGACUGAAGCUAUGAUUCAGAUGGUAUUUCAUCUUCUUGCUCUGGGUCUGCUUGAAGAGAAACAACAGCUCCAAAGAGCUCCUGAAGAAGAAGUGACAUUUGACUUUUACUAUAAGGCUUCACGGUUAGCAAGUUCAUCUGGGAAUGUUCAAAAUAUACAAACACUUUUGGAAAAACUGAAAGGAAUUCCCCAGCUGGAGGCUCAAAAGGACAUGAUAGCUUGGAUACUACAGAUGUUUGACACAGUGAAACGAUUGAGGGAAAAAUCUAGUUUAUCAGUAGCAACUGUAUCGGGAUCAGAACUUAUCAAGAGUGAUGAGAGUAUGCAGGAUAAAGAAAAGGCAGAACGCAAGAGAAAGGCAGAAGCUGCUAGGCUGCAUCGCCAGAAGAUCAUGGCACAGAUGUCAGCCUUACAGCGGAAUUUCAUUGAAACUCACAAAUUAUUGUAUGAGAAUACCUUAGAUAUACAAGGGAAAGAAAAUUCCGUUGUAGAGGAAGAGAGUGUGCCUAUGGCCAUUGACUACUCUAGAAUUGCACUGGGACCUAAACGUGGUCCUUCUCUUAGUGAAAAGGAAAUGCUGACCUGCAUCCUCUGUCAAGAGGAGCAAGAAGUGAAAUUAGAAAAUGCUGCCAUGGUUUUAUCAGCCUGUAUCCAGAAAUCCAGUGCUUUAACGCAGCAGAGGGGAAAGCCUCUGGAACUCUCAGGGGAAACACCAGAUCCACUCUUCAUGGAUCCUAACCUGGCAUGUGGAACCCACACUGGCAGCUGUGGCCAUGUCAUGCAUGCAGUUUGCUGGCAGAAGUACUUUGAAGCUAUACAGAUUAAUUCUCGUCAGCGCCUUCAUGUUGAGUUUUUUGACUUGGAGAAUGGAGAAUAUCUUUGUCCUCUUUGCAAAUCUUUGUGCAAUACUGUGAUCCCCAUUGUUCCUUUACAAAUACAAAAGAUAAACAGUGAGAAUGCAGAAGCUGUUGCUCAACUUUUAUCCUUGCCACGGUGGAUAGAAACUGUCAUGGCCCGAAUAUCAGGUUACAGUGUGAAAAAUGCUAAAGGAGAGAAGCCAAAAGUUUCAGUCUUGGUCAAUCAAGGAAUGGGUGAUACUACUUUGGAGUUCCAUUCUAUACUGAAUUUUGGAAUCCAGCCUUCAGUCAAAUUCUCUAGCAGCAUAAAAGAGAUGUUGGUUCUCUUUGCCACAACAAUUUAUAGAGUUGUACUGAAGGUGCCUCCUGAUGAAACUGAUCCUCGGAUUCCUGCAAUGACCUGGGGCACCUGUGCUUUCACCAUCCAGUCAAUUGACAACCUGCUGGAAGAUGAAGGCAAACCUCUGUUUGGAGCCCUUCAGAAUAGACAGCACAGUGGCGUGAAAGCAUUAGUACAGUUUGCUGUGGCACAGAGGAUUACCUCUCCUCAGAGCCUGAUACAGAAGCAUCUAGUCCGUCUUCUAUCAGUUAUUCUUCCUAACCUGAAAUCUGAAGAUACACCAUGCCUUCUUUCUGUAGAUCUGUUUCAUGUUUUGGUGGGUGCUGUUUCAUCUUUCCCAUCUUUGUAUUGGGAUGAUGCUGUUGCCUUGCAACCUUCAUCAGUCAGCUCUUCCUACAACCACCUCUAUCUCUUCCAUUUGAUCACGAUGGCUCAUAUAUUCCAGAUACUUCUCACCAUAGAGACAGACAGCCUACCUAUCCAGUUACAAGAAGAUAGUGAGGAGGCUCAUUCUGCAUCUUCUCUCUACUCAGAAAUUUGUCAGUAUAUUGGUGGAUGCGUCAGCUGUAAUGUUCCUGGUUGGUAUUUAUGGGAUUGUGUGAAGAGAGGCAUUACCCCUUACCUUCGAUGUGCUGCUUUAUUUUUCCAUUAUUUGCUGAGAGUGCCACCACCUGAAGAAUUACUUUCAGUUUGUGAGGAAGGUCAAUUCAAUGCACUCUGUAGUUAUUUAUCCUUACCCACCAAUCUGUUCCUGCUUUUCCAAGAAUAUCGGGAUACUAUAGGCCCCUUGCUCCAGAGGUGGUGUUCUGAUCCUGCCUUACACAGCCUUUUGAAAGGAAACAACACUGUGGUCAGGUACCCCAGAAAAAGAAAUAAAUUGAUAGAACUUCCAGAAGACUACAGCUAUCUCCUAAACCAGGCUUCUCAAUUCAGGUGCCCAAGGUCUUCAGAUGAUGAACGAAAGCAUCCAGUCCUGUGUCUCUUCUGUGGAACCAUGUUGUGCUCUCAGAAUAUUUGCUGCCAAGAAAUUGUGAAUGGGGAGGAGGUUGGAGCUUGCAUUUUUCAUGCUAUUCAUUGUGGAGCUGGAGUCUGCAUGUUCCUAAAGAUCAGGGAGUGCAAAGUGGUCCUGAUUGAAGGCAGAGCCAGAGGCUGUUUGUUUCCAGCCCCCUACCUGGAUGAAUAUGGAGAAACAGACCCUGGGCUAAAGAGGGGCAACCCCCUGCAUUUAUCUCAUGAGCGUUAUCAGAAACUCCAUUUGCUGUGGCAGCAACAUCGAAUUAUAGAAGAAAUUGCAAGGAGUCAAGAAACUAAUCAGAUCUUAUUUGGAUUCAACUGGCAGUUACUUUGAGUCCCAGUUCCACAGAAGAGUCACAGAUGAAGGCAAUAAUGAAGACAGGUCUGGAAUUCUGGAUACAUUUAAGAGGACUGAGGGAGGGGUGGGGGGUUGGCAAUGGGGUCAUUCCUCGGUUCCUGAUUCACAUCUUUCAAUAAAAUAUCCCUUAAUGGA